GAAUGAAUGUUAUCCAGUCCAUCUUAUAACAUUCCGUUGUUACAAACUACCAAAGAUGGCCGUCUGUCGGCUCGAUCCUUGUGGAAUAAUUUGCAUUAUUAUUACUUAUGUUGCUGUAUUCUAUGCAGACUAUGUUGUUGUUAGGCAUCUUGUGAUACCCUCAAUGACCGAAUCGUUAUGGGGUGCAGUGUGUGUGGUGUUUUUCAAUACUAUAGUGUUCCUACUGACUGUUUCACAUCUUCGUGCAGUCAUGUCUGAUCCUGGAAUUGUUCCAAUACCAAAAACAAAUAUGGAUUUUUCUGAUAUUCAUUCAGAUACAUCUAAAAGAAAAACAAAUGAUGGAUGGACAGUGUGUAUGAAGUGUGAGACUUAUCGUCCACCUAGAGCCCAUCACUGUAGGGUCUGUCGCAGGUGUGUCAGGCGUAUGGAUCAUCACUGCCCUUGGAUAAACAAUUGUGUUGGUGAAUACAACCAAAGAUUUUUUAUUCAGUUUUUAUUUUAUGUUGGAUUGGCCAGUGUUUUUGCAAUAACAAUGGUGAUUGUUUCCUGGACAAUAGAGACAAAAGUCAGAAAAGAAAUUAAACAUGUUAAGCUAGUCCAUUCUGUGAUACUUGUAAUAGAAAGCAUUUUAUUUGGCCUUUUUGUCAUUGCCAUUGGUUGUGACCAGUUAUCAGCUAUACUAAAUGAUGAAACCGCUGUUGAACAUGUCAAAAAGGAAGGCUCAUACCGGGGUAAAAAGUCAAGACUUGUUUUGCUUCAAGAAGUAUUUGGAAGAGGUCAUCCACUAUUGUGGCUGUGGCCAUUCCAGACGGGCAGACAAAGGGACCCACAAGAUGCUAUCUUGUACAACGUAUGAUCUUUACUAGCCAGCAAUGCACAGAUUUCUACAAGCCAUUCCCAUGCUCUGCUAUUUAUCAUUCUUCAUCAUUGUAUCAUAUAGGUGCUUUUUUAUGAUGAUAAUAUGCUCAAAAUAAUUGCUAUAUUUUGUAAGAAGUAGUUACUCUCAUAUAUUAAGAAAUACACUUUUUCAUAUUAUUAGGCAAUGUCUAUUAAUUUUUAAAAUUGUAACUUGAGGGAUCUUUUAUUUAUUAUUAUGCAUCAUUAUAUUUUUAAGAAUUCCUACUUUAAACAUAGUUGUUUUCUGUUGGAUUUUCAAAAAAAAUUUGGCAUAUGACUUAAUAUUUUAUAGUUGUUGUUUUUUUUAUUCAGUUAUGGCAGCAAUUUUAUUUUGUAAAUAAUGUUCUUUUUAGAAUAAAAAAAGGUAAGAAAUGUUAGCAAAUCAGUACAUUAAAAAAUUAUGUAAAAAUAUUAUUUUCUAGAUAUUUGACGAAACAUUUACAAAGUAUUGCAGUAAUUGAACAAUCAAUUAUUCCAUGAACUUAAGUUUCAUUAUUGUCAGAUUUAUCUUUCAAAGUUAAAUUGAUGUAUACUUUUAUCCUAAUGUACAGACUUGACUAAGCAUCUUCUCUUUCUGGUCUUCUAUUUAUUCUUGUCUAUCUUAUAUUCAUGUUCUACAUAAUGUGUUUCUUCAUUUCAUCCAUGGUGUGUAUAUUUACUCCUGAGAUUCCAAUCUGUAAUUAUUACUAAAUGAAAUGUGAAUAGUUAGAUGUACAUUCGAAUUUGCCAUGAAUGAACUGAUGUGCUAUGUAAUUUAUGCCCCUUAUAUGUCCUAUGUUUAGAACUGUGAUAAUCCUAUUAUCACCAGUGAUUCAUUUAUAUCAACCAACCAGUUUUGGUCUUUACUCUUGGUUGAUUUUCAUGGUUUUAGGUUACUAAUAAUAAUUUUUUAAUUUAUAUUUUAGUUUGUUGGGUGUGCUCAAACUUUUAACUAAAUUUUGACCCAAUUCUACUUUGCAAAUUCUUUCACAUUUCACAAAUGAAAAGCAAGAAUAUCUAGCUCUUUACUGAAUCAUAUAUAGAUCUAUAUUAAGUUCAUCAUUAAAAUUUUAAAGAUUACAAAAUGCAAAAACAAAAGGGGAGAUAACUAAGGAUUUGUAAUUUGUAUAUAGUUGAAAAAUCGCAAAUCUACAACAAGCACUAAUGGAAGCGGUUUGUCGAUUAGGGUUUGAUCAUUAUUGUGGACAUGGAUAAUAAAUUUGGUUUUUUUUUUUUUAGAUUUUGCCAUCCAAGUGACAGUAAAAAACAUUUUAUUUUAAAAACUUAAACCAUGCACUAAUAGGAAUAAUUAUAUUAUUUCAUUUUGAAAACUCAUAACAAAUGUUAUACUUUUAAAAAAAAACACCUUCAAACAAGAUCAAAACAGUAGAGCGUAUACUGACUCUACUGACAGCUGCUUGGGCACUAUGCCCAGCCCCACAGCUGUGCUGGGGUCAGCCCCAUUGGCAAUGGUUCCAUGCUUUCCACUUCCGAUGUUUACACUUUGUUUUCAAAUAUCGUUCAAUAGUGAAUGUUAUUUUAUUGAGAUUAGAUUUCUUUAUGUCACCAUUCAAAAGUUUGACCUGAGUGACCUAGCUUUUUAGUUAUUAGCUUCUAAAUUGGGUAGGGAUGGUGCUAUAGCUAUAUAAUUUGGUUUUUUUAAUACUAGCUGAGAUAGCUAAAAUACUUUCACAUGUUUUGUGCUAAAUAAAUAAACAUUAUUUAAUACUUACGAGCCUAAACCUAUUUAUUUUAAAUAUAUUUACCUAAUCCUAAUCAAAUACCAAAUAUUGAAAUAAAAAUGUUAGUGGCUCUUUAAAAACUGGGAAAUUUUUAAAAUUAUAACUCAUGGCUCUCCUGCCUCGAAAGGUUGCUGACCCAUGCUAUUGCUCAAUUAAUUUUCAUCAAGCCUAGGUUUUAAUCUGAGGUUUUAUUUUCAUGAUACAAACAUUAACUGGCUGUACAGGAAGUCCGUAAUCGAUAUUCUGAAAACCCCACUUCAUAAAAAACUAAUUUGUGCUACUCAAAAAUUUAACAAUACACAUUUUAAAUACAAUUUGAAAUUUUAUAUCAGCUAAAACGAAUGCUGUGCUGAUUUUAUAUUGACCUAUUUUAUUUUAAUAUCUAGAUGAAAUACAUUUCAGUAUAUGCUUUUACUAUUGUAGCUUUUAAGGAAAUGUAUGUUUAUUUUCUUUUUUUUUACUGCAUUUAAAAGCUUGUAAUUAUGAAGGUUUUUUUUUUCAAAAUACCCUUAGAUUGAUUACUGUGUUUAUGAUCCUAAGCUAGAAAAUUAUGUUUAUUGUAAGUACAAUAUUCAUUGUAACUUCUUACUUUUAACAAGGAAGAAUUGAAAUGGAGCACCAAAUCAAAUCUACUCUUUUAUUUGAAGUGCAAUAUUUCAGUCACCAUCUAGUGUAGUUCCCUUAAUGAUUUCCCAGAAAGAAAAAAAACACAUUCCACUUGAAAAAAUAUACCGGUUUUCUGCUAAAUAAAAUUACUUGUAAGAUAAAAAAAAUUAAUUGUAUUUAUUCCCAAAGCAUUCAUUUGUUUAGAUUAUCUAGUGUAGGAUAAACUUCUGUAGUAAUUGCUUUACUUCUGGUUUACGUUAAACAAUUUUCAUUUUUUAUCACUGAAUUCCUUCAAAGUGUGAUUGAUCCUUGAGUAAGUUAUUUUUUUAUUAUAGUUCUAGAUAUUUUUUUCAUUUUAAAUCUAGAUUUGGCCUUUUGUAAAUUCUCUGAAACAUUGUAGGCUAUACUUGGUUAUGUCUCCUGUAAGAUAUGUAUGGUUCUUGAUGACCAGAACAAUGGCAUAAAAUGUCACUGUAGUGCUAAAAAGUAGUCAAGUUUUGUCCUGUUAAAUGUAGUUUUUUUUUUUAUCAGGUAUAAACAAUUGUUAAAGGCUGCUACAUAUUACAAGUUUGGAAGUGUCACAAUAGUGACUGAUCAAAAUAGUCAAAUGAUUAUUAAGCAUUGGAUUAUUUAACUCAUGAUUUGAAAUCUGAUCAAUACAUGUUUGGGUGGAUGUGCCAAAACUUUUUCUCUUUAAAUUAGGUGCUUAGAUGUUUAUCUGUUGUUCAAUGAUUCUCUGGGCUGAGGUUUUGUUUACAGUUAAAAUAAUUGUUCAGGAAAACCUACAACCUCAGUGUCAUACGCAACAACAUAAUAAUGUAUCCCUGUGUUCUUCAACAGUAAUAAUUUAUAAGUAUUUUUUAUAUAAUAUGCUUUUUAUGGUACUAUGUAUAAAUGUGUUUAUUUUUUUAUUUGUAAAUAAAAUGGAUGACUGGAC